AUGAAAUAUGCCGGUCGAUGGCAUACAGAAGGUAGUACAGAAAAUAUUAUCGCAGCUGGUAUCUAUUAUGUUCAUGUCGAUGAUGAAUUGAAAGGCGGAGCACUAAAAUUUCGUCCUAAACAUGCCCCACAACCAUGGUACGAUAUUUCUACUGAUAAAGAAGUAUCAGUCAGUACUGAUGCGGCGAUUGUCUUUUCAAAUACAAUUCCUCAUCGAUUUCGUCAAAUUCGCAAUUUAACAGAGAAAAAUGGUCUUCAUCGUACAUUUCUAAAUUUUUUUAUUGUUGAUCCUUAUAAACCUAUUGAUCUUUAUAAUUAUUCAUCUCGUGUACUUGCUCCACUCGAUAUAAUUAUAUCAAUAUUAGAUGAAGCCAGUGAUGGUUGCUUAAUGAUAGGACCCAUUCUUAAUAAAAUUAUUCAAUAUCUUGGUCCAAGUGCAUGGAAAAAAAUAGAAGAUGCAAAAGAAUUUCGUGCUCAAGUUCGAAAACUAAUGAUCAACGAAGAAAGUGGAUGGGGAUGGAUUAAUUGGGGUAAUUGUGGUACCGUUGAAUUUGUUCCAGCUCGUUGUUUAUACGAAGAUAAAGACGAAUGUGAAAAUUUACGUCAUACUGAAUCUGAAUAA